CGUGGAAUGAUUUACAACUGGUUGAGAGCUGUUGAGCUUAUGUGCCCCCUUCAAAUUGUGAGUGUCCCGUCAUUAAAGAACCAGGACGAGGAUGCCAUGGCAACGCUGCAGACCCCGCCCCCCGGCUGGAACAUGGAGGCCGACGAGGAACUAGCUCAGUUUCUCGUCACCAAUGGGGCGGAGUCGAGGUCAGGCGGAGUCAGCGGGCGGGGGAAGGGGCGGGAACACUUUGUCGAUAUAACCGUCUCAUCGGAGGAAUCCGAAGUCGACAACAUUUUGGACCCUGACCCCGAGGUGUACUGGGAAUCGGACGGUAGUGCAGGGCAACACUGGGUCCGGUUUACGCUCGUCCCCGGCACAAUCAUCGAGCGAUUCGCCCUCAUCGUCGAUUCGGAAGACGGGAGCUACUUACCUCGUCGAGUCGUCGUCAAGGCAGGGUCCUCCCCGAGCACCGUCACGAUGAUCCACGCCCACAGUUUUGGUCUCUCUGACUACGAGAAGAAAGAGCUGCAACUUUUCCCCGUCCCACUCCAAGAGUUCAAGGAAGUGGUCGAGGUCCACUUCAAGUCGUGCUACCAGGGAGGAAUCGACGUUCGAAUUCGAGGAGUUUCACUCACAUCAAAGACCGCAGAGAGCAUAUUUCUACCCUCUGAAACGGUCCCGCGAGACAUUUUCACGGAGGACAGGGUGUCCCGCUGCCCAAAAUUGCAGGGGUUUGAAGCAGGUCAGUUGUUUCACCGUGGACUGGUGCUAAGUAGAUUGGCAUACAUACUCGAUCAGGAUCUAACGUAUCUCCUACCGAGCUGGGAGGUGGGGUUGGAGGGGGCAAAGUCGGAGGUCACCGAGGCAGUUUCGGCAAUCCGACAGCUGUGGCCGAUGAGUCGACGACGUAAUGCUCUCAUAAGCGACAUGUUGAGCGCCACGGCGACGUCGGCUCCGAGCCGGCCGACUGUGUACAUCGAUCGGAUGUCAGCGAAAAGGCACCAGGAGAAUCCUUCAGAGGACAAGGAGGGAAAGAGAACCGUCUUCAUACAGCUUCAGAGAGAGCUUAAGAAACAUACAAAGGAAUCAAACUACAACUUUCGGUGGGCGGGACAGUGGAGUCAGUGGUGGGAGAGCAAGUUUGCUCAGGAGGGGAUGAUCGAUCAGGGAGGCGGUUUCCGAGAUGUCCUCUCAGAUGUAGCCGAGGAGCUCUGUCCGAGUUCACCCGACGCUCCCGUCCCUCUCCCCCUCUUCAUCCGCUCGCCAAACCAGAACCAGGACUCGUCAAACGCGUAUCGCGACAACUACAUCCCCAAUCCAAAGUGCGACGAUUUCUCACGCUACGUAUUCGCCGGGCAGUUGAUGGGUGCCAUGCUACGCAGUCAGGAACACCUUGUCCUCUCGCUCCCUCAGUUUCUCUGGAAGGAGCUGGUCGGCGAACCGGUGACUUGGUCGCGAGAUUUCGUGAGUGUCGAUUCAGCGGAGGUGAGGUUUAUUGAAUCCGUGGAGACUAUUAGUCGGGAGAGGUUCGACGACGCCUUCGCUGGAGCCCUCAGGUUUGUUUAGUUUACUACAGAGUUUACUGAUAGUUUGGUACUAGAGAAUACUGAGAAUACUCAGAAUUUACUGACAGUUUACUAGGUGUACAGAAUAGGAUACUGAGAAUUUACUGAGAGUUGACUAUGGAUAUGGACACUGAAUGUAUAUAGAAAACCUCUCUGUAAAGGAGGCCAGUAUCCUA